UGCUAGUUCUUAAACUUUCGUUAGCAACAAGAGCUGACUUUGUACGGAUUAGUUUUGUAAAGUAAGCAAAAGCAGUCGCCAGCAGUAUCUAUCUUCUAUUUCUGGCCUCCCCCUGGCCCCCCUUCCCAGACUGACGUAAGCAGAAAGUUAUUUUCAUGAAUGGAGGGGGCGGUCACGAGGAAUCGGUGACGUGAGUGCUUGCGGAAGCAGAGCGUGGAAUGUUGGUACAUUGUUGUUGUUUUGUAGUUAAUUUAGUACGAGGAUACACCGCUACCCGUCUGCUGGACGCUUUAUACCAACUUUGUCAAGUUUCUACGUCGCCUGGAUAGGAAACCUACUCCGACACUUUUUACGCAUUCCAGUCCACAGAUAUCCGCGUUCACAGAGUGUGUCUGCUGUGAGGUUUUGGCCAGUUGUCCGUAUGCAGGGAAUGACGACUCAUUUCAAGACGAGCAAAGCUUUAAAGGUCAAGAGGGAGGUGGGCGAGAAUGCCCCUGUGCUCAGCGACGAUGAAUUGGUGGCCAUGUCUGUACGGGAGCUCAACCAGCACCUGCGUGGGCUGACCAAGGAGGACGUUGUGCGGUUGAAGCAGCGACGUCGGACCCUGAAGAACAGGGGCUAUGCCGCCAGCUGCCGCAUCAAGCGUGUCACCCAGAAGGAGGAGCUGGAGAGACAAAAGAUAGAGCUGCAGCAGGAGGUGGACAAGCUUGCCCGCGAGAACGCCAGCAUGAGGUUGGAGCUGGAUGCCCUACGAGCCAAGUACGAAGCCCUGCAGUGUUUUGCCCGGACUGUGACCCACGGGCCCCUCUCGCCAGGAAAGGUGGCCACCACCAGCGUCAUCACCAUUGUCAAGUCAGCCAACCACAACAACUCAAGCCCGAAGCCUUUCUCAGCUCCCUCCUAGUGCUGACAGGACUGGGCUCUCCUCCUCCUGCCUGGUCCUUCCUGGUUCUGACCCAGCUUGAACCUGCUCAUCCUGUACUGAGAGGAUGCUCAGUAGUUAGACUGAGGGAUGUGAUGGGAUGGCAAGCUCUCUGUGAUGUUAUGCUGUGUUCACAACUCUAUCUCCCUCUGUGUGUCUCUUUUACACAAUCUACAUUGUCUGUGCACUGUGCAAACCCCUCUCCCCUUGAUCCCCAGCACCGGCAGGGUGCCAGGCCUCUGUGACCCGUCCACUUUGACUGAUAGCAGAGAUUUGCUUUUACUACAGAGUGAAAAGUAUUUGGCAGCCCUGGCCCAGACAGCCUGUGCAACCAACGUACAAAACAUAGAAAAGAAGAGACAUUAAAAGUUUAUAUGUGAAGCUAUUGUUAAAGCAUAUACCAAAAUACAUUUUCUUCUAUAAAAGUGUCUCAGUGUAAUUUAGCCUUGAAGCUCUUGCCUUAAAGUGAUCUGGAUAGAUUCUCUUUUGUUUACUCAUAGUUAAGAAGUAGACGACUCUGCCACAGCUUAUUUUAAGCACCAGCCUAUCACAACAACAGAUGCUUUCACUGAUUAGUAUUUCUUCAGUAGUGAAGGUGCUAUGCAGUAAAACCAUCACUUGUGUUUGGUUGGAGUGGAAAUCUGCUUACACUCUCCACAGCCCAUUUGGAGAGGACUGCGUUAUGCUGUUUGAUAACUGACCGCUACUAAAGGGCUACACUAAUGAUACAUGACUGCCCAUGUUUCUGUUUGGUCAUGCAAAGUUUUGCCAAAAAGCUUAUUUUGUAUUUAGGGAGCAAUGCUAGGGAAUGACAGUCAGUGUGCUCCAGCAAAGGCUUUCUUUCAUGUGCUGAUGCUGGUUUGAUUUAGUAGUUCUGAAGUAAGAUAAUGUGUUGGGGAGGUUUAAAACUCAACCAUUAUGCCAGAAUGAUGUGAAAGCCUUUGCUGGACUACACUAAAUUAUCUUGGAAGUUUUAUUAAAAGAUAGCAAUUUGUGCCUUUUAUUUAUAUGUUCUGGCAACUUAUCCUUGCAACACUUGUCAUGUUGCAAGAGGUUAUUUAAUUUGUCAGUCAGGCUGAGAAUUACUGUGUACACUCAGACAUGUUGGCUUUGACUAGACAGGCUCACAAUUUCUCAUUCAAUUAUGAUAAAAUGCAAGAGGUGAGUACUUGUCUUUUCAAGUUGAAUUGCCUUUCUGAUAAACAGAUUCAGGAGGGUUUAAAUAUAAAAUUGGAAAGUAAGUAUGGAGCCUUCUGGACCAGAUUUGUUUGGCUUCAGAAGAUAUGACAUUGCCUUGUGUUUUUCAUUAUUUAGCACUUAAAAGAUAACUGUUAUGAUACAGUAUAAAAGAAAAAUAAUUCACAAGGGCGACUGAUUCCUAGAAUUAGAAAAACUAUAUUUGCAUUUCUGAGGUUGCUGGGGCUUCAUGCAUGAUAAUUAAAUGUGGUGUGACCACAUACAACGAGGUCGAGCCUUAUGUAACUAAGGAUGUUAUCUGCUACAGCACUGAUUGGCUUUUGUUUUGCCUCUUUCCUUUAUAUGCCACUCUUUGGUAGAUAAUCCAUAUUGGAUUUAGUGAUAAUGAGAGAGGUCAUUACAAGUGAAAUGCAAUCAAGGUUACUUCCUGUAUAUUACAGAUUACCGUCAGCUCCCACUGCCUCCGUUGUCACUUUACAUUGAGAACUCCGUCCAAACAGAAAUCAUUCCUACUGCUGGGUCACGAUAAAGUGCUGCUGCUGGUGUUGGUAACUCCAAAACAGUAGCUAUUUACUUUGCUUUUGACACACUCUUCUGCAAGAGAACUCCUGACGCCCAUCUCUACAUAAACAGUGGUGUCAUACAACUAAAUGCAGUAACCACUUUCCUCCUGUCAUACGUUUUAAUUUACAUUUUAACACGAAUUUCACUUGAAAUUAAAUUGUUCUUACAGAGGAUCCAUUCCUAAUUUGGAGUGAAGUCAGAGAUUGCUCAUGUCAGGAUUUUCUCUUGGCUAAGAGGACAUGACCGUUCUUCCCCUGUUCAUAGCUGCAAAGAACAGUAUGGGGAACUUUGCUGCUGUACAACCUGCUGUGAUUUCAAGCAGGGGCAUUGCUGUGUUCUUACUCUUGUUUUGUAUUCUCAGUUGGUUUCUUUGUUGAUACAUCCUAUGUUUUCUUUCUGAUACUUAGUUUUAUAUCCAUAUACAAUAUAUAAAUAUAUAUGUAAUACAUAUUUUUCUAUAUUUAUGUCUUUUACUAUCCUGGGAGUGGUGUGAUUAUGUAAUCAACCUUUGAAGUCUAAUUAUGUUAAUGCUGACCUUUUACUGAAAAAGUUGUAUUCACAUUUACAAUGAGAAAACUAUUCUCAUAACUUAAGUUUUUAUGUUUGUAUUUAUACCCCAAGAAUGGCUCUUCUCAGCACAUUCACAGUAUGCAUUAUGAUUUUGUUAAGUCAUGAUUAAGUGCAUCUUUUCUUAUCUGUAACAGUCAGGAUUCAGCUGUUUAGACACAGGUGAAAAUACUGACUGCAUGUUUCUACCUUUGUUAAAUAGGCUUCAGCAGUGCCACAAAAGAUAUAAACAGGAUGAAACAACAUGAUGUUUUGGAAGUCAAACUUUAAAUGCAAAAACUGACAUUAUCUCGAAUAUUAAAAUCAAUUGUAUACCAUAUUGGUCUGAUGUAAUCAGAGUUAUAGCGAGCUAAUAUUUGCCCCAAUUAGUUUAUGACUAAGUGAGAUUAGUUUACCUAAAAAUUAGAAAAUGUACUCUUAUUUUGAAGUAUCUAGAUUUGUGUAAAUCUUGGCAGAUUUCCUGAGUAAAAAUGGCCAACAAUCAGUUUGGUUUAGCACAUAAUGCAGUUGUUUCUACAGUCAGAAGUUGGAAAAGGUACCCAAUAACUGACUGUCCCACACUCUUCAGUUGGGGUACCAAGCAUUCCUGUUCGACCCUAAAGGGUGAGGCUAGACUUGCUGCUGGCUUGAGGCAUCUGGCUGCAGACCUCCAUGGUGGGGCGUUUUGGGCUCGUCUGUUGCAGAUCUCUACAAUGGAAUGACCUUGACUGUAGGCCGGGAAGUGACGUACUACCUAUCUUGUUGGGUUUUUUCUUAGCUUGUGGUGUUAUUUUUAAUUUCAUCCCCCUCCUCCUUGCCUAACCCUAACCUUAGGGUUCAGGUGCCUAACCCUGAUCUGGUUUGGGUUUGCUUUUUAUUCAUGAAAUUCUGUGGUUGUGAAAAAUAGCCACUUACCAUAACCUCUGACAACUAGCAGAAAAACAUAAGUCAUUCAGUACUUCAUUCUGGUUCCAGCCUGGGUAAUGUACAUUACUUCGCCAUUGUAGAGGUCUGCAACAGCUGAGUCCAAUAUGCUCCACCAUAGAGUCUGCAGCCACAUCCUCUUGGGCUUACACUCCUGCCUACCAACCUAAGGUAGCAAUGACUGUGGAAACAGAUGCUCAACUUAUUGUGCCAAACUGCAAUGAACCAAACCAGACUGCUUGGUGAAACAGUAUCACAAGAGAGCUUACCAUAAAAUUAUUCAAAGCUGCUAAAACUGUCCAACUAGACCUCUCUUGUUUUAGGUCUGUUUAAAACCAGAGUCAGAAGAAAUAUACACAUUUAAUGUUUACAAAAGUCAUUUUUAGAAAUUAUGUGACAACACUGCUUAAACAUUUUGUGACAAGCAUUACAACGACCUCUUGUGGUGAGGUUUCAAAAUAUAAUGCUGUAAGAUUAAGCAGUUUGAUUUUAGCACUUAUUACUGUAUUUUGAUCACAACUUAAAAAGUACAUUUAUAUUUCUGUGCCAUGCCAUAAAGAAGACAAACCUCUCUCCAGGUGAACAAAGUAUUUUCCUGUGUGACCAAGCAGAAGUCAGUUCAUGCUCAUCAUAAAUUCCCUUGUUACAAGUAAACGUUCGCUCUAUAUAAGAAAAUAUAUUAUUUAUACACUUAUUUUUUGUUUAAAAAAGUAAACAAAAUAGACAAGUUAAUAGAUGAAAAAGGCACCUGCAAAGGAUGCUAAAGCCUUCUUUCUUCCAACAGCUGAAAUGACUGAAGCUUGUCACACUGAGGAGCUGUUAAAGAUGUCAAUGGUAAUUUUACAUUUUUAAUGAAACAUAAAUAUGCUAAUGCAGGUGUAGAAAUGGAGUUGCCUGAAUAUGCGGACAAUAGUCAGGGUUAGUAAUUUGAAAUAUCCUUCUGAACAAUUAAAUAAGCUUUCAGAAACAAGCUUUGCCAGUCCUACAAGCUACAGUUAUUAAUUUAAACAGUAAGAAAACAAUGUUUUAGUGUUGUAGACUGAAGAGGUUUUGACUGGAAAUUCAGAGAGUAAAGCUCCACUACAGAAGGAAUUAUAUGAAAAUGUGUACAGAUGAUGGGGUUGACGAUAUUUUAAGAUACUUAAACAGCAGUGCUUUUUAUGUUACAAAUGGAUAUCCUUGUUUUAGUCUUGUCGUAACAUGUUGAGGCUGUCAAUAGUGACUUUGAACGAGGACAGUAAAAAGGCAGCAUAAACUGAUUAUGUACCCUUCACAACUUGUCAUUAGUCUGCUCAUAUAUAUUUUAUAUUUAUUUCUUUGAAUUGUGUAAUUUUAUUAAAAAAAAAACACCUAAAUUAUUUUUAUUUUACAUUCAUUUAUUUACAUGUUUUCUCAAUGAACUACCCUCAUGUACAAAUAAAGUCUGAAUUUGUUUCUGCUCU